GGGGUCCUUUUACGUCACACAACCAACCAACGCCAGUUAGCAUUAAGCUAACAUACAUGCUGCGGUUAUCUGACCGGUGGUAGAGGAAUCAUUAGAUGGUGGAGGUGGCUAAGCCAAGGCUGCAGUGAAGCUUUUAGUGAUCUGUCUGAAUAAAACAGUUGAAGGUGGUGAAGUGCGGUGUUGAAUGAACAUGUGGAGCUCCGGCCGCCGUGUCCUUCAGGCUCUGCUCAGCCAGCCUGCUGUCAGGAGCUUCUCUCUGACUCCUGCUCAGAACACAGUUGUGGUGGAGCGCUGGUGGCAGGUGCCCUUAUCUAAAGUAGGCAGUCCACCGAGGCUUCACCCCCGAAGACACCGAAUCUACAAGUUGGUUGAAGACACCAAACACGUUCCCAAGGAGAAGAUGGAGCUCAUCCUGACUCAGACAGUACCCAAGCUUGGUGGGCGAGGAGACACUGUGUUUGUGAAAAAGUCUGUUGGCAGAAAUAAGCUGCUGCCUCAAGGCCUGGCAGUGUAUCCAUCACCGGAGAACAAACAGAUGUUUGCUGAGGAGUUAAGACUUUUGCGUGAGGGGAAGCCAGAAGAAAGAGUCCAAACCCGCACUGGACAAUUGACAGUGGAGUUUCUUAAACGCUCCAAGUUGAAGAUAAACAAAAUGCCCUCGGAUGAAUUUCAGGUCACUAAAGAGGUCGUCUGCAGGCAGUUUCUCAAGAAGCUGGGAGUUGUUGUGCCACCUCAGGCACUGAGUCUUCCAUUUGAGUCCGUCAAGGACUUGGGUGACUACUGGUGUGAAGUUACGGUUAAUGGCAUGGACACCGUUCGCAUCCCCGUGUCACUGGUGCCAUAUGAAGACCCGUCUGCAAGUUAUCAGCAGCAGUUGAAAACACAAACGCAGCAGCAGGCAGCCGCAGAUAUUUCAGAACCUGCAGAUGAGGAGGAAGCUGCUGUGGAAGCUGAUGCUGGUAAAGACUCUGUGAGUCAAGUUAGUGAAGUUUCAGACUCGGCAGGAGCCGCGAGGACACAGACGGGUGAAGACACAACAGCACCACCAAGUGACAGACACAAAAAAGAUUAAAGGACUCCAAAUGAUGAUGUUCAUAGACUUACAAUGGAUAUUGUAUCUAUAAUACACAUUAUACAUGCAUAAAAA